AUAAAUACCACUUUCCUCCCUCGCGCUCAUAACUCAUUCCACCAUCAAACCACCCAUCGCCAUGGCUAAGUUCUUCGCUAUCCUGCUUUUGGCUCUGCUCGCCAUCUCCAUGCUUCAAUCCACUGUAUCUAAGAAAGGAGGGCAUCAUCACCAUGGAUCCGGCCCUGGAAGUUUGAAAAGCUCUCAAUGCCCCGGACAAUGCAUAAGGAGAUGCAGCAAGACACAGUACCACAAACCAUGCAUGUUUUUCUGUCAGAAAUGCUGUGCAAAAUGCCUUUGCGUACCCCCGGGGUAUUAUGGUAAUAAACAAGUCUGCCCUUGCUACAAUAACUGGAAAACUAAGGAAGGAGGUCCAAAAUGCCCCUAGAUUUCAUUUCAAUUCUUUUCACUUUGAAAUCAGUUUUAUCAGACUAUAUGGUUAGCAGCAGGGGUGUUAUGGUCUUUUGGCUGAGUAAGGGGUGUAAUGGUGACUAUUUAAUGUAUUGGGGUCCAUUUGAAUUAAAAGCUGAAAUGGAUGAAUGAGUAUGUAAACUAGUAGUUUGAUAGGGUGGGGACUCCAACAUGUGAUUGAAGCCCAACUUGCCCCUCUUACACAUUUUAAUUCUAAUGAAAUAUCUCUAUCUACCUCUCCUUUUUCU